AUGAAGGGGAUUCGAUGGAGUAUUGGUGACGGAAAGUCUGUUCGCUUUUGCUGGGAUAGGUGGCUUCACGGUGCAGAACCAUUGAUUCAUACGGCUAUCGGGGUUGUGCCGGAGGAACAACUCAAUUGGACGCUGGAUCAAUUUACUACGGAGACUGUCCAGUGGAAUUGGAAUGUUUUCAUGCAUUUGGUGCCAGCCACAGUUUUGAUGAAAGUUGCGGCAAUUAUGCCUUCGAGAGUGGAUACAGGACCGGAUGUCCCAUAUUGGGGUUUUUCAGAAGAUGGCCGAUUCACAACGAGAUCGGCUUAUCGUUCUUUAACCCUGGAUGAGGAUAUCAGCAAUAGGGGGCUGUGGAAGGUUAUUUGGCAUUGGUCAGGGCCGCAAAGGAUCAGACAGUUCAUGUGGCUCGCAGUGAAGGGAGCUUUGUUAACAAAUUGGCAGCGAUGGCAUCGCCAUCUGGCUGACUCUCCAGUGUGUGUGUUGUGUGGGGGAGUUGCCGAAUCUACUCUACAUGCUCUCCAUGAUUGCCCAAAGGCUUCAUGCAUGUGGACUCGAAUUGUACCUUCCGAAAAUGUUUUGGUUUUCUUCAACCUGCCAUUGGAGAAGUGGAUUUGGAAAAACUUAACUAAUGCAAUUGGCAUUAAUAGAGAGCAGUGGGAAGUUUUGUUUGGAGUAACCAUUUGGCAAGUCUGGUCACAACGAAAUGCUUUUACUUUUUCAAAUGAGCAGUGUAAUGCUAGUCGAAUGCUAAAGAACAUGGAGAGACAUGUCAACAGCAUUUCAGCAACAUUAUGGGGUGCGAGGAGUAUUGGUGGAGUUGGCAUGGGAAGGGAGAACGUUUGGAUUCGUUGGACCGCGCCACCAGUUGACUGGAUUAAGGGUUUACAUUUGGCCUGGGAGAUGGGUUUUCGUCGUGUUUUGAUGGAAAUCGAUAGUCAGUGUGCUGUGAAGUUGGUCUCGAGUAACGCGGAAGCGGUUGGAAUCCAUAGAAAUUUGCUAAAAGCAAUCAAGGAGCUGCUCAACCGGAGUUGGGAGGUUAGGGUUUCACAUGAGUAUCGUGAGGCAAACUUUGUGGCAGAUUAUCUGGCUACAUUUGCAGCGAGUGGUCCUGGAGGUUUGGUUCAUCUGGCUGAUCCUCUUAGUGGUGCGAUUCCUUGGAUCAACAUGACAUUUUAG